UGCCGGUGGCUCCAGCCGGAGCGGGGAGCGGCUCGCUGCAGUGAGUCUCUGCGGGGGUCGGAGCCUCUCAGACGGGAUGGAGCCUGCCGGUGAUCCGCUCCGCUGAUCUCCGGCCGGCUGCUGGUGUUUGUGUCCGGUCCGCCGGUGAAGAUGUCGGUCUCCGGGAUGAAGAAGCAGCUCCACAAAGCCAGCCAGCUGCUGAACGAGCGGCUGAUGGGAGCUGAAGGAACAAAGAUGGACGACGACUUCCUGAAGAUGGAGAAAAGUGUUGUUGUCAUCCACUCUCUGCUGCUGGAGCUGCUGUCCAGAACCACAGAGUUCCUCCAACCAAACCCAGCAGACAGAGCUAAACUGAGCAUGCUCAACACGAUGUCCAGGAUUCGAGGACAGGGGCAGUCGGUGGGUUACCCGCAGACAGAGGGCAUGCUUGGAGACUGCAUGUCGCACUACGGCCAGGAGCUCGGAGCUGCUUCUGAAUUUGGCGGUGCUCUGACUGUUAUGGGUGAAGCUCUGCAGCAGGUCGCUCAGGCCAGAGACGUUCUGGAUGUCAACGUUAAACGCACCUUCAUCGACCCUCUGCAGGAGCUCCACAACACGGAGCUGAAGGACAUCAGGUACCAGCUGAAGAAGCUGAACGGCCGUCGGCUGGACUUUGACUACAAGAGGAGACGAAGAGGGAAAGUCCCAGCGGAGGAGGUCCAACAAGCCUGGGACAAGUUCAUCACAUCCAAAGAGCUGGCGGAGAGGAGCAUGUUCACCCUACUGCAGAGCGACGUCGAUCAGCUCAGUCGUCUGGCCGCUCUGGUCGCUGCUCUGCUGGACUUUCACCGCGACGCCCACCGCAUCCUGCUGGGUCUCCAUGGCGACCUGCAGGUCAGUCUGACUGCUGCCAGUAACAAACCAGAGCGACGUUUCAGACCCAAAAGGAUCCGAGUCAGAAGUGAACACAACGGCGGAGUCGGAUUUUACCAGCAGCCGUCCAUCACAGCUCCAGUUCCCUCAGGAGAGCAGUUCACAGUGUUACCGUCCCGACCCGGCAGUCCCAUCUCCUGUUACGCUGACAGUCAGCUGGUCCUGGAUCAGCCCUGCUGCCGGGCGCUGUACUCCUUCCACCCGAGCCACGAGGGCGAGCUGAGCUUCAGCGUGGGCGACGUCAUCGUCCUCACCAAUCAGGUUGACGCCAACUGGUACGAGGGCAACGCCGGCGGCCGAUCGGGACUGUUCCCCGUCAGCUACGUGGACGUGCUGGUGCCUCUGCCGUUACCAUGACGACAUAUUAGAAACACACCCACGCUAAACGCAGACAUCACAUCGUACGUGUUGAGCGUGUUUCUUUCAAUGAUGCAACUCUUCAGCUUCUGAUUUGCACUUUUUUCACAAGCGGCGUGUCUGUUUUACUGGGAAGGAAGGCCAUAGUUUCUACUGUAGAGAGCUUUAGUUUCUACUGUAGAGCGCUUUAGUUUCUACUGUAGAGAGCUUUAGUUUCUACUGUAGAGAGCUUUAGUUUCUACUGUAGAGUGCUUUAGUUUCUACUGUAGAGUGCUUUAGUUUCUACUGUAGAGAGCUUUAGUUUCUACUGUAGAGCGCUUUAAUGUCUACUGUAGAGCGCUUUAGUUUCUACUGUAGAGCGCUUUAGUUUCUACUGUAGAGCUCGUUGGUUUCUACUGUAGAGCGCUUUAGUUUCUACUGUAGAGCGCUUUAUUGUCUACUGUAGAGCGCUUUAUUUCCUACUGUAGAGAGCUUUAGUGUCUACUGUAGAGAGCGUAAGUUUCUACUGUAGAGAGCUUUAGUUUCUACUGUAGAGAACUUUAGUUUCUACUGUAGAGCGCUUUAGUGUCUACUGUAGAGCGCUUUAGUUUCUACUGUAGAGCGCUUUAGUUUCUACUGUAGAGAGCUUUAGUUUCUACUGUAGAGCGCUUUAGUUUCUACUGUAGAGCUCGUUGGUUUCUACUGUAGAGCGCUUUAGUUUCUACUGUAGAGCGCUUUAAUGUCUACUGUAGAGAGCUUUAGUUUCUACUGUAGAGCGCUUUAGUUUCUACUGUAGAGCUCGUUGGUUUCUACUGUAGAGCGCUUUAGUUUCUACUGUAGAGCGCUUUAUUGUCUACUGUAGAGCGCUUUAUUUCCUACUGUAGAGAGCUUUAGUGUCUACUGUAGAGAGCGUAAGUUUCUACUGUAGAGAGCUUUAGUUUCUACUGUAGAGAGCUUUAGUUUCUACUGUAGAGCGCUUUAGUUUCUACUGUAGAGUUUUAGUUUCUACUGUAGAGAGCUUUAGUUUCUACUGUAGAGCGCUUUAGUUUCUACUGUAGAGAGCUUUAGUUUCUACUGUAGAGCGCUUCAGCGUCUACUGUAGAGCGCUUUAGUUUCUACUGUAGAGCGCUUUAUUGUCUACUGUAGAGCGCUUUAUUUCCUACUGUAGAGAGCUUUAGUGUCUACUGUAGAGAGCGUAAGUUUCUACUGUAGAGAGCUUUAGUUUCUACUGUAGAGAGCUUUAGUUUCUACUGUAGAGCGCUUUAGUGUCUACUGUAGAGCGCUUUAGUUUCUACUGUAGAGUUUUAGUUUCUACUGUAGAGAGCUUUAGUUUCUACUGUAGAGAGCUUUAGUUUCUACUGUAGAGCGCUUUAGCGUCUACUGUAGAGCGCUUUAGUUUCUACUGUAGAGCGCUUUAGUGUCUACUGUAGAGUGCUUUAGUUUCUACUGCAGAGAGGUUUAGUUUCUACUGUAGAGCGCUUUAGCGUCUACUGUAGAGCGCUUUAGUGUCUACUGUAGAGUGCUUUAGUUUCUACUGUAGAGAGCUUUAGUUUCUACUGUAGAGAGCUUUAGUUUCUACUGUAGAGCGCUUUAGUUUCUACUGUAGAUGGCUUUAGUUUCUACUGUAGAUGGCUUUAUUGUCUACUGUAGAGAGCUUUAGUUUCUACUGUAGAGAGCUUUAUUGUCUACUGUAGAGAGCUUUAGUUUCUACUGUAGAGUGCUUUAGUUUCUACUGUAGAGAGAUUUAGUGUCUACUGUAGAGCGCUUUAGUUUCUACUGUAGAUGGCUUUAGUUUCUACUGUAGAUGGCUUUAUUGUCUACUGUAGAGAGCUUUAGUUUCUACUAUAGAGAGCUUUAUUGUCUACUGUAGAGAGCUUUAGUUUCUACUGUAGAGUGCUUUAGUUUCUACUGUAGAGAGAUUUAGUGUCUACUGUAGAGUGUUUUAGUUUCUACUGUAGAGAGCUUUAGUUUCUACUGUAGAGCGCUUUAGUUUCUACUGUAGAUGGCUUUAGUUUCUACUGUAGAUGGCUUUAUUGUCUACUGUAGAGAGCUUUAGUUUCUACUGUAGAGAGCUUUAUUGUCUACUGUAGAGAGCUUUAGUGUCUACUGUAGAGAGCUUUAGUGUCUACUGUAGAGAGCUUUAGUUUCUGACCUCAUGUUAAACUUUAAGCUAUAAAAGCAUCAGUCAGUAAAUACUGUGUAAACAUGUUUAGACUAAAGUGCGUGUUUCCCUUUAAGACUUUUACCUUCAUUUCCUGCACAAAGCGAGUCCUGCCUUCACAUUACUGCACAACAUCAGUCUGAUGCUGUCUGCUCUUAUGAGUAGGAUAGACUGCAGACUGCUGUGAAUAGACCACUAUCUGGGCACUUCCACUAUAAUGUAUAAUUUCAUGAUGACAAUAAAUAAAAGAUACUAUUAUAAUUAU